GGUUGUGAUACCGGAAGUGAACUCUGCUUUGGCGAAACAACGAUGGCAAGCGCGUCGGGCAAGCAGAGCUCUAAAAAUGCCUCUAAAGGCUCAUCUGGAGGUUCAGGCGGUGGCGGAGGCAGCCAACCGGCAAUGCCGGGAUCCGGAGCCACGACCUCCCUAAUGGGGAGUCUGAACAAGAAAAAGAAACCGUUUUUGGGAAUGCCUGCCCCUCUCGGCUACGUGCCUGGUCUCGGUAGAGGUGCGACUGGUUUCACAACCCGGUCCGAUAUCGGUCCGGCCCGUGAUGCAAACGACCCCGUAGAUGACCGCCAUGCCCCCCCAGGAAAGAGGACCGUAGGGGACCAAAUGAAGAAGAAUCAGGAUGACGAUGACGAGGAUCUCAACGACACCAACUAUGAUGAGUUUAACGGGUACGCAGGAAGCCUCUUCUCCAGCGGACCGUAUGAGAAGGACGAUGAGGAGGCAGACGCCAUCUACGCUGCUCUGGACAAGCGAAUGGACGAGAGGCGGAAAGAGAGAAGGGAACUGAGGGAGAAGGAGGAGAUAGAGAAAUAUCGUAUGGAGCGGCCGAAGAUUCAGCAACAGUUUUCCGACCUCAAGCGGAAACUGUCCGAGGUCACGGAAGAGGAGUGGCUCAGCAUCCCGGAAGUGGGGGACGCCAGGAACAAGCGGCAGAGGAACCCGCGCUACGAGAAACUGACGCCUGUUCCCGACAGCUUCUUUUCCAAGCACCUGCAGUCAGGAGAAAACCACACCACAGUGGACCCUUUGCAGGGGCAAUUCGGGGGUCUCAACACUCCCUUCCCCGGUGGACUGAACACGCCCUACCCAGGUGGAAUGACCCCUGGACUGAUGACGCCAGGAACAGGUGAACUGGACAUGAGGAAGAUCGGGCAGGCCAGAAACACACUGAUGGACAUGCGACUCAGCCAGGUGUCUGAUUCUGUCAGUGGACAGACAGUGGUGGAUCCUAAAGGCUAUCUGACAGAUCUGAACUCCAUGAUUCCCACACACGGAGGGGAUAUCAGCGACAUAAAGAAAGCACGUUUGCUGCUGAAGUCUGUGAGAGAAACGAACCCCCACCACCCCCCCGCCUGGAUCGCCUCGGCCCGUUUGGAGGAGGUGACAGGCAAACUGCAGGUGGCCAGGAACCUGAUCAUGAAGGGCACUGAGAUGUGUCCCAAGAGUGAGGACGUUUGGCUGGAGGCAGCCAGGCUGCAGCCGGGGGACACGGCCAAGGCAGUGGUUGCCCAGGCGGUGCGUCACCUGCCUCAGUCCGUCCGCAUCUACAUCCGCGCUGCUGAGCUGGAGACCGACGUCCGAGCCAAGAAGCGCGUGCUGAGGAAAGCUCUGGAGAAUGUGUCCAAGUCAGUGCGUCUUUGGAAGGCAGCUGUGGAGCUGGAGGAGCCUGAGGAUGCCAGGAUCAUGCUGAGCAGAGCUGUGGAGUGCUGCCCUACUAGCGUGGAGCUGUGGCUUGCCCUGGCCCGUCUGGAGACGUACGAGAACGCCAGGCGGGUACUGAACAAGGCCCGCGAGAACAUCCCUACAGACCGGCACAUCUGGAUCACAGCUGCCAAGCUGGAGGAGGCCAACGGCAACACGCAGAUGGUGGAGAAGAUCAUCGACAGAGCCAUCACCUCCCUGCGCGCCAACGGCGUGGAGAUCAACCGCGAGCAGUGGAUACAGGACGCAGAGGAGUGUGACAAGGCCGGCAGUGUGGCCACCUGCCAGGCAGUGAUCCGCGCGGUCAUUGGCAUCGGGAUCGAGGAGGAGGACUGCAAGCACACCUGGAUGGAGGAUGCGGAGAGUUGCGUUUCCCAUGGGGCUCUGGAGUGUGCCCGAGCCAUCUACGCCCAUGCCCUGCAAGUCUUCCCCAGCAAGAAGAGCGUCUGGCUGAGGGCGGCCUACUUUGAGAAGAACCACGGCACCCGGGAGUCAUUGGAGGCCCUGUUGCAGAGGGCAGUAGCCCACUGUCCCAAAGCAGAGGUCCUGUGGCUGAUGGGCGCAAAGUCCAAGUGGCUGGCUGAGGACGUGCCUGCAGCCAGGAGCAUCCUCGCCCUGGCCUUUCAGGCGAACCCGAACAGUGAGGAGAUCUGGCUUGCAGCUGUGAAGCUGGAGUCGGAGAACAAUGAGUAUGAGAGAGCCCGUCGGCUGCUGGCCAAGGCCCGGAGCAGCGCGCCGACCGCCAGGGUCUUCAUGAAGUCGGUAAAGCUGGAGUGGGUGCUAGGCAACAUCGAGGCAGCCCAGGAGCUGUGCACUGAGGCCCUGAAGCACUACGAGGACUUCCCCAAGCUGUGGAUGAUGAGAGGGCAAAUCGAGGAGCAGUCUGGGCCCAUGGACAAGGCCAGAGAAGCAUACAACCAGGGGCUGAAGAAGUGCCCUCAUUCCAUCGCCCUGUGGUUACUGCUGUCUCAGCUGGAAGAGAAGGCUGGUCAGCUGACACGCGCCCGAGCCAUCCUGGAGAAAUCGCGUCUGAAAAACCCCCAGAACCCAGAGUUGUGGUUGGAGUCUGUAAGAUUGGAGUACAGGGCUGGACUGAAGAACAUCGCAAACACAUUGAUGGCCAAAGCACUGCAGGAAUGUCCCAACUCAGGCAUUCUGUGGGCAGAGGCUGUGUUCCUGGAGGCCAGACCCCAGAGGAAGACGAAGAGCGUGGACGCGCUGAAGAAGUGCGAGCAUGACCCACAUGUCCUGCUGGCAGUAGCUAAGUUGUUCUGGAGCGAACGCAAGAUAACCAAGGCCAGGGAGUGGUUCCUGCGGACGGUGAAAAUCGAGCCUGAUCUCGGAGACGCCUGGGCUCUUUUCUACAAGUUUGAGUUGCAACAUGGAACAGAGGAGCAGCAGGCGGAGGUGCGGAAGCGCUGUGAGAACGCCGAGCCUCGCCACGGAGAGCUGUGGUGCGCCGAGUCUAAACACAUCCUCAACUGGCAGAAGAAGAUUGGAGAGAUCCUGGUCCAGGUCGCCGCUAAGAUCAAGAACACCUUCUGAGCCAAUCGGCACAACUCCUUCACAAAUUCCACAUUCUAAUUACAGUGCACACAUCCCUGUAACAGAGCUAAACCUACAGUUUUUCUUCAAGGUGGUUUAUCUUUUUCUCUCGUGUUAAAUGCAUCUGGCCAAGGAUCAUAAGUGGCUGAUAUAAAAAUACAAAUAAAAAUUUGUUUUCAUUUUGUUUGUAUAUAUAAAAAUUUCAGUGCAAAGUGCAUUCCUCUGUAAGGGUACUGUGUCCAAUUGCAUCAGCUUAUCCAUUAGCAUUGAUGACACUGAAAGCACGAUGUGGUUGUUAUUUUAUUGUAGGGGGCAAACAGUGGAUUGAGUGAUGAAGUUCUCCAUCUUGGAUUGAUUGUCAGUCUGAUAAUAUUUAUGACUAGGAUGCUGAAGAUGUUUUUUUGAAUGCAGGUAUAGCUUAUCUACAUGAAUAUUACUUAACUGGCUUUAUCAUCAUUGUAAUACUGUUUCGAAGCUGCUGCAGCUACGAACUCUCCCAGCUAGAAAAUUUAGCCAAUAUUUCUGUUUUUGAUGCUAAUGGAUAUUUUUAAUUUGCUAUGAGUGAAAGCAUUGAUGGAAGCUAUUACUUGGAUUUACAUAGUUGGCUCUUGUAGAUGCCCCGCCCUCUGUUUUAGUCAAUACCUAGAUGACUAAAAUCAAGUCUGAAGGUAGUUUUGUGCUUGUUACCAGGUUUCUGACAGUGAUACAGCUUGGAAUAUCCCACUCAUGUACCCCUCUCUUGAAUUCCUCUUCCCCCAGUAUAUUUUCUUCUUUUUUUGAAUAAAUGACUGCUUCACAUUGUG